CUAUCUUAAAAAGUUAUCGAUGCGUAAAACAAUUAAAACAUCUUAAGAAUAUUACGAUUUACGUUUUUUAAACGCUUUUUCGUCGUACAAUAUUUUACCGUAAGUACAAUAUUAUUCUUAUUGUUUUUGAUAAAUUCCAUGUUACUGUAGGUAUUUAACUAGGUAUUUACUCCUCGAACCAUUUUAUAACUUGUUAGGGCAAUUUAAUAAAUUGUUUGAUAAAACCAAAUCCAAAGUAGAUACCUACCUACUUUGUAUUUGUAAAAAUCGUGCGCAAUUUUUCCAUUAUUAGCCAUGAGUUUAUUUUUCAGCACACUGUAGGCAUUGUUAAGUAUCAAUAUUAUAUGUGCGAUAACUAUACAUAAAACAAAGUGAAAACUUUUAUUCAAACAUUUGAUAUUUUUUCACCUUAAUCAGUAUGUUAGUGAAAUUUAAUAAAUUUAUUGAUUUUCAUAAUAACUUGUAUUAUUUUUAGCAUACUUUAAUGUCUUGGAAUAAACAGGUAUAGUUCUCCAUAGCUAUUCAAACAUGCAUGUUGGUUAUUAGAGUAACUUAUUAUGGUAUCCUCUUAAAUAUGACAAACUUUUUAUUUGCACAUUGAUUUAUGUGGAUCUAGGACAUAAUCACUCCAGACAAAAUUCUCCCUUGAAAAAUUCUUUCAUUUUUUUCUAUAAGUGUAUAUUUGGUCAAUAUUUCUUCAUUUAUCUAUUAAUUUUAAAGUUGUGUUUUUUAGAACUUUAAUAAAUUAUAAAGAAAGUAUACACAUACAAUUACUGAUCAAUUAAAAAAAAAAAUUAAAAUGUUAAAAUGAACACAACUAUGGUAUUAGUAGUGAAGUUGUCUAAAUAAAGAAAUUAAAAUGAAAACAAAAUUUCACUGUGUUGUACAAUCACGCAUAUUUACUAAAAGAAUUAGGAAACAGGAUAAUGCUGUUAUUGAAAUUAUGCUAAUAUAUGGGGAGAAUUUGUACACCCACAUAGAAUGAGUUGGAAAAGUUUGUAUGGUGAAGAUUUUGUCUAUUUCCUGAUUUGUACCGAUUAUUAUUUUUCACCAUUUUUUUUGGUUUGUUUUUUUUCCAGGUAUCAUAUUUUGAGCUUUGCAUGAAAUCAUUGUCAUAGUUUAUUGCCCAUUCAUAAAUGGCCGCUUACAUAAAUCGCACACUUGCAUAUAGUAAUUCAAUGAACAUUUCCCGUAAUGUCUCCACUGAUGAACAAAUUUCUUCUCCGUUGCAGAUUUUUGGCAAAGCCAAAAAGCAAAUUAACGAGAUAUUUGUUGAUAUAUUGUCUUACGUAGCCGAAGCAUCUGAACGUAUAAAAGGUAAUUGUUAUUAAAUUUAUUUUUAGGGAUAAAUUUAUGUAAUAAGUAUGUUUGUGGUAUAUUAUCGGUUUAUUGAUAUAAUUUAUUAUUUUUGAUGAAAACUUACCGAUCAAAAUAAUUGAAAGUUGUAAAAACAUCUUUGAAUUAUUCAUUCAAUUAAAAAAUAUUGCUUGUUAAUAAAUUUCUAUUGUUAUCUUUUUUGUACAGAUGUAAAUGAUAAAUGUCCUAAUGUUAUCAACACCAAUGAACUAAAAUCUAUAAUAGAUUAUGAAUUUAAAGUAAAAGGAAUAUGUGAAGUACUAACUCGUGAUCAUAUGAAAGUUGCGUUCUUUGGAAGGUUUGUUUUUUUACUUCAGUUUUUGUUAAAUAUUUAAAAUGUGUAAAUUUAAUUAAUUAAAAACACAAUUUGUACUAUAAAUAUUUAAGAAAAUAUUAUGCUCAUAUUUACUCUGUUAGUCUAACAAGUAAAUUAGCAAAAAAUAUACUACAUUUAGGAGGAUGUUGUACCUGUAUCUACUUCCUCAGUCCAAUUACUGGGUAACAUCCAAAAAUAAUGCUUACGCAGAAUAAGUAAAACUAGCUUAAUUUUGAUUUUAGAGUAAAAGUAUCAAUUAUUAAAGAAUUAAAUAAUAAUCUCUAUAUACUUCAUGAUAUGUACUUGUCUUUUACUCUAAAAUGAAAAUUAAGCUAGUUUUACUUAUUCUGCGUAAGCAUUAAUUUUGUAUAUUAUCUGGUAGUUGGACUAAGACAGUAAAUACGGGUAUAAUAUCUUCUUAACAUAGAUUGUGCUGUUAAGGUUGGAAUUGGACUUGAAACCCAAAUAGUAAAAUUUAAUGAAGAUCAUCAUUUUAAGUGCUUUUUGUAGUUUAAAUUGUUAUACAAAAUUUUAAUAGUUACAAUCAAGUUAGUUUUUGCUUUUUUUAAGUAGCUGAUUUUUGUAUGACAAUAUUUUAAUUAGUUUAGUUAUACUGGAUCAGUAUUGGGUAUAGCGUUAUCUUAAGAACUAUUAAAAUUUAUUAAUAUAUUAACUUAAACAUUUCAAUAUAUUAUUUUUGAGAUUUUCAGUAAAGAGAUGUUCAAAUUUAUUUUGUCUUUAAACAAAUUAUCAACAAAUAUAUUAAAAGGUUCUUAUUGAUUUAUACUUUGUAUUGAAAAAAAAAGGUGUAGAACUACUCAAAAUCGUUUUUCAUUUGAAAUGAUUUAUUAUUGCGUAUAGUAAAAAAAAUUAUUUUAAUAUAUAAAUAGAAUAAUUACAAAUAUUACUAUUUUAUACCUUCUAACAUUCUACAUUCAAGAAUAAGGCACAUAUGUCGUAUGCUAUCUACAAAAAAAAAUCAUGUAUAGAAAAAUACAAACUUACGUUACUAACUGUCUCAAUAGCCUGUUUGUUGACAGUUGUCCCAUUUUAAAAUAGCCUGUUUGUUAAUAUUUUUUCAUGUUUCUUUAAUUUUUUUUUAUAUUUCGUUAAAAACAUUCAAAAAAAUUUUUUUGAUUGACAGAUCUUCACCAUUCUUCUUGCAAUUGUCUUUCAAGAAGAUUGGUCGCACCACUAGCUCUGAUUCCAUACUUCUCUUGCAUGUGUUUCCAUAAGCAUUCAAUAGUCUGUGUUUGAGCACGUGGAUCUAUAAAGUUUUUGCUGUGAUUAACUGUUUGGUGAAGAAAACCAUGAUCUUUAAGAGAACUGUAAGCUCUCCAUUCAUCUGAAUAAAUUGUUGUUUCAGGUUCUAGUGUUUGGACAAUUAUGGGAAGCAUUGUUUCACAAUCUCUUUUAUCAACUAUAAAAUAUUAUCUUGACGCAAGCAGCACAUACUAAACACUCAAGUCCUUGAACACGAUUUCUAUUUUGGUUUUCAAUAUUUUGAUUUUCUUCAUCAGAAUUAUUUUCAAAAUUAGAACAAGAACUUGAAUCAGAAUAGAAAUUUUUAUUAUCAUUAGGUCUAUGAUCACCAAGCUGUAAUCUGCCUCUAUUGCACUUUCGUUUUCCUUAGAAAAGAGGCUUGUUAAUCUGUACGAUGUAUCCUUUAUCUCCCAUUUUUCGUCGAUGUAUAAACUAUUCAAUGACAACAUAUUGAUACAAAUUAUACCAAUUUGAGACUGUAUGAUGUCCUCUACUAGUAAUUUUUUCUGUUUGUAUAUUUUUAAAUUGAUUUGCCCAGUACCAAACUAGUUUAAUCAUUUCACACAAACUUAAUCCACCAUUAUUUUUUCCAUUUCUAUUGAUAUAUGUAUAAAAUGGAUUUUUUUUACGAAUAGAUUGCCAUGUUUGACAAUCUUUUUUUGACAUCGUAAAUAUUUUGUUACAAUAACAUUUCUAUUUAAGUCACAUUUUGGCUUUUUUUUUAAAGUUUCUUCAUUUCACUACCACAUUAUUCACCAACAAAAUUUUCUUUGGUAAACAAUUUUGUGUUAGUUAAUAUUUCAUGAUCUUUUAAAAAUUUUAUACAAAUUUCAUCAUUUAAUCAAAUAAUUUGUCUAUAUAUAUUAUCUAAGAUAAUCCUAUUUCUAUAUACCUAUAUAAUCGUCGUUACUAUCAAUAUGGACUACAGUAGAUAACGGAAUUACUUGUUGAUAGCAUACGACACCAAAAAUUUACUUUUUCUCAAAAAAUUCAAUUUUGAUUUUGUAUGGUAGAUAUUUAUAAAUAAACAGGCAUUGUACAUAAAUGUGUAUUAAUAUUGAACUGCUAAUAGAAAAUAUAGUUAUCUAACAAUAUUUUUAGGACGAGCAAUGGAAAGAGUACAGUUGUUAAUGCUAUGUUGGGAGAUAAAGUUCUUCCAAGUGGUAUAGGUCAUACAACUAAUUGUUUUUUACAAGUUGAAGGUUCUCAAAGUGGUGAAGCAUAUUUGGUUACAGAAGGUAGUAAUGAAAAACAGAACGUAGAGGUAAGUUGGUAUCUAUACUGCGGCCCAUGAGAAGAGGUACUCGUUUUGGGCAUGCAUCUGAUUGUUUCCUCCUACUCGAACUUGUGUCAAUAAUAAAAUUUAAAUUUUCAAAAUUAUUUUAUUACAAUGACCUAAUCAUUUUUUUUAUACAAAUAACUAAUAUAAACAUAUAUAAUUACAAUAAAUAAAUAUGAUUAUCAAUUUGAUUACACUUACGAAAUAUAACUGAAUUACAUUAAAAAUUCAAUGAAAAGGAAAUGGUGCAUUCUAGCGUUAGCAUGGUAUGUGAUUGGUGGGACUGGACAAACUCUGAAGAGUUUUAUUCGAGACAUGGGUUCCUUCUUUCGUGGGCAGCAGUAUAGUUGUGUACUUAGAUGUAUACCUAAUAGUUUUCUUAUUAUAUGUAUAAUUUCUUAUUUUUGUUUUUUUGUCUGCAGUCUGUCAGUCAUUUAGCACAUGCAUUAAACCACGAAAAGCAGUUAAAUGAGAAAGAAUUAGUGCACGUCUAUUGGCCUAAGGAUAGGUGUGUUCUAUUAAGAGACGAUGUAGCCUUAGUUGAUAGUCCUGGCGUAGAUGUUACACCUCAUUUGGAUGAUUGGAUUGAUAAUCAUUGUAUCGAUGCUGAUGUGUUUGUUUUAGUUGCUAAUGCUGAAUCAACAUUAAUGGUUACAGUAAGUUAUAUGUUUAUCAAAUUAAUGGUGUAGGCAGACAUCAUAAAAUCCAUCCAGUAGUUUUUGCUAUGUAUAAUUCUUAAUAAACACAUUGGAUGAAAUUACAUAUGGAUUGAUACAGUAAAUUGCUAAGUAUCAUAAUUUGUUGAAGAAUGUUUUCAUUGUUCAGCAUCAUAUUAAGUUUUCUCUUAAUUUUUCUAAGCAUCAAAAUUAUCUAAACUUUUGUACUAACAUGUUUUUUGUUGCCGCUCUAUUGAUCAGUUCCCCUGUACACUUUUGAAAUUUGGAAACUGUUGGGUAAACAUAAUUCUAUUUUUAAAAUGAUGGUUUUACAACUAUAGUAUUAGUAAAUUUAUUAAGGUUAUUUUUACAUUGCAUAUUCAUCAUGAUUGUUAAAUUAUCUAUGUUUGUAUUAAAAAUUCAAAAAUAUAUGGGUGUUCAAUUCUAAAUAAAAAAAAUAUGUUUAGACACAGUGCUUUUAAAAUAAUUGACAUAGAAUAUAUUUGAUAGUUCUUGUUUUAGAAAAAUUAACAAGACAUAUUUAAGAACUUGAAUAGAAAUAUAAAAAAUGAUUUAUUAUUAAUUAUUAGUUGAUUAAGUAAAUCAGUUUUAAUAAGUAAUUUGAAAUUUACAAUGACUAUUUUUGAGCAACAUUUUAAUACAAUAAUGUUAAAGGUAAAAUAUGUUGUUGAAUGUUAUAUUUAAUUUUUUUUUUCUAGGAGAAAAACUUCUUUCAUAAAGUUUCAUCAAAAUUGUCAAAGCCAAAUAUAUUUAUAUUGAAUAACCGCUGGGAUGCAUCUGCUAAUGAACCUGAAUUUUUAGACCAGGUAAAAUGUACUAUUAAUUUACUAGAAUAUUUACUUAACUUUUCUUUUCUGUUUGUUAUCAUCAUUGCGUUCAGUUUAAUAGCCAAGAUCAGGUAUGAAAAAUUAAUGUAUUUUUUUUUAUUGCAUUUUACUUACACCUUGACUGUAUAUAAACACCAAUAUUGGCGUUAUAAGGUUCGUUUAGCAAUGUUUACAAUGCCAUUGCGUCCAAUACACAUAUGUCAUAAUAUAACGUACAUAUUUUAAUAUUCCCUGCAUGUGGUUGACUGAUAUUUGCUUCUUAAUUAGUGUCAUUAUAAGGUUAUGAAUUAAAAAGUUAUGUAUGCAUUGACGUGAAAACUAUAAAAAGAUAAACACAGUCAACGUACAAUUAUAAUUACUUAAAAAAUGUGUGCUUUCAGUACCACAACACUGUAUGUAUUGGUUAGGGUGCAAGUCUAUUUAAAAAUUCUUUGAAAAUGCCAUUAAUUAAUCAGUAACAACCAAUUACAUUAAAUACCAUUCGGUCCACCAUUUAUGAAUUAGCAGCAGCCCACGGGUGCUUUUGCACCUCCAGUUGUUGUAGCAUUGAUUUCUUUGUAUUUACAAUAAAAAUAUAUUUUCAAUAAUAAAUAGGCCCAUUUAUGUCAAUGCAAAUAAACUAAAAAUUAAUAAAUAAUAUUUUGGAUAAAUUUAACAUACAAAUUGUGUUUUUUUCAGGUUCGUAAGCAACACAUGGAGCGUGCUACAGAUUUUCUGGUGAAGGAAUUGAAAGUUUGCACAACUGAAGAGGCUUCCAGUCGUAUAUUUUUUAUUUCUGCGAAAGAAGUUUUACAAGCUCGAGUACAAGAGCGUAAGGGAUUAUCAUUAAACAGCGGUGCAUUAGCUGAAGGGUUUUCAACAAGAUAUAUGGAAUUUGAAGAAUUUGAACGUAGAUUUGAAGAGUGUAUCUCAAAGUCAGCAAUUAAGACAAAGUUUUUGAAUCAUUCACAACAAGGGAAACAUUUAAUCAAGUUAGAUACUAUUAUUAUUUAAAUAUCUUAAAAAUUUUAAUAAUUUAAAUAUAUUAUUGUUUUUUGUUAUAUUAAUAUUAUUAAUCAUAUUAAUAUUUAAUGUUUUUAAACAAAUUUUACUUUAAAAAGUGCAUUAAAGAUAACAAAUAUUAUAAUACUAGCAGAAAUUAAAAUAUUGGUAAACAUUUUUUUUUUAAGGGACAUGUUGAAAAUUAUGGACACUAUUUAUAAUAGAAGUCAAGAACAAAAAAAUCUAAAAUUGAAUGAAAUCAAAAAAUGUCAAGAGAAGUUAAAUUACACGGAACAAUCACUUAUUAGUAUUACCAACGAAAUGAAAAUGAAAAUUCAUCAGAUGGUUGAUGAUGUAGAGGAUAAAGCAAGUUUACUACACAUAUUUUUUUUUUUAUUAAUAAUAAUUUUUAUUUUGUAUCUUUUUUAGGUAUCUAAAGCACUCAGUGAUGAAAUUCGCCGUUUAUCUGUUUUAGUUGAUGAAUUUAAUUUGCCAUUUCAUUCAGACCCAUUAGUUUUAAAUGCUUAUAAAAAAGAACUUCAUAGUUAUGUGGAAUCUGGUCUUGGUAGUAAUUUACGAGCUAGACUUUCUACUGCUUUAGCUUUGAAUAUUGACCAAAGUCAAAAAGAAAUGAUUGAAAAAAUGUCUGCAUUGUUACCAGAGGAAAAAAGAAAUAUACGUUUAAGAAAUCCCCAACGUGAACCAUUUGAAGUUUUAUAUCGCUUGAAUUGUGAUAAUCUAUGUAGGGAUUUCCAUGAACACCUUGAAUUCAAGUUCUCUUGGGGAUUAUCCACAUUAUUUGGCCGUGUGGCAUCAUUUACCAGUUGGUCAAGUUGGUCAAGUAAUCAAUCGAGAAUCAUGAUGGUAAAUUAAAAAUGUUUUUUAAUAAAUAAGAUGGUUAGUAAUUAUUUGUAUUUUGGCUUUGUUGAUUUCAGUCUCCUCAAUCUAAUAAUCAAUCGCAGUCUAAUAAUCCACUAAUCAAUGCUUUUGAUGGAACACACAAUUCAACCAUAGAACACAAUUUGCCUGUCAUCUCUCGUAUUUUGGCAGCUUCUUUAGGAACUCAAGGUGCUAUGGGGGGACUUAUUUUUGCAGGUUUUGUGAGUAUUAUUAACAUUUAAUAUGAAAUUUGAUUUAAUGUUCUAUGCCAUACAAUAUAUAAAAUUUACAUUUUUUUUUUCAGAUGUUAAAGACUGUUGGAUGGCGUUUGAUAAUAGCUACUGGUGGCAUAUACGGAUGUCUUUAUCUAUAUGAGCGACUGUCAUGGACAACAAAGGCUAAAGAAAGAGAAUUUAAAAGGCAAUAUGUCCACCAUGCAACAAGUAAACUUCGUUUGAUUGUCGAUCUUACAUCAGCAAAUUGCAGUCAUCAAGUUCAGCAGGAAUUAUCUACUACUUUUGCACAAUUGUGUGAACUGGUUGACAGAUCAGCCACUGAUCUUAAUGAUGAAAUGAAAAAUUUAGAUGGCAAAUUAAGGAUAUUAUCCAAGUCGACCGAAGUAUCAAAAAUGUUAAUGAAUAAAGGUGAUGUGUUGAAAGCGGAGUUGAAGCAAUUUGACGAUACUUUUCUAUCCUAAUAAACUAGUCAAAAUACGUUUGUUAUUAUAUUUUUUUUUUUUAGUAGUUAUGUAACCUGUUUUAUCGUUGUACAAUUAUCAUUAAUCGUUAAUUUAAUCAUUUUAAUGUUAAACAUUCAUAAUUGUACCAAUUUUGUUUUUAGCGAACAUAGAAUACUACUAAAUAUUAUCUCAUUUAACUUGUGUCACAAUAUCGUACAGAUAAUUUCUAAUAAUCGUCUUAAAUAAUUGAAUAAACUACACCAAAAUAACUUAAAAAUUUACAAUUUUCACUGACUUCCUUCAAUUGAAGUUUAGUUUGAAGCUUUAUUGGAGUAUAUAUUAUCAUAAUUUUUAUUAAAUUAAAUUGCUUUUUAAAUAAUAAAUUGUUUUAUAUAUAAAAAAAAAAAGUAACAUUUUAUAUUUAUUAACUUUGAGUUAAAUAUGUUUAAUAUUUAAUGCAAAACAUGUUUUAUUUAGAUAAAUUUGACUAUUGUUAUAAAUAAUAUAGGCACAUUGAUUAAAUAUUUGAUCAUGUGACAUGGGUAUCUAUUAGUGGGGAGCUACAAUAAGGGGACAUGUCCCCUAAUGGCAUUUCAGUACUUAUGAUGUUUUAACAGUUUAACAAAAUGGUCAAUAUCAUUAUUUAAAUGCACAAUUAAACAUUUAGAAUGUGAUGACUAGUUAAGAUUAAAUGUAACUUUAUUUUAUUUUCAAUAAAUGUAGUACAAUAUAUUACAAUAAAAAUAAUGCAGAAGAUAGAUAUUAAAUAUACUAAUUAGUAUAUAGGAUGUCCUACAGUGUUGUUCUUAUGCGAAUAAUUUUGUCAAUAUUAAUUUUUUUAUUUUUAUCUGGUUUUGUACAAGGGGGGGGAUACAUAUGUAGAGAUGAAUUCAAUUUUUAUUUUAUUAUGUUUCAACAUUUUCAAAAUAAUAAUUUUAUGAAAGAUAUUUUAAAAAUGUUAAUCCUUAAGCCUGGAGUUCUAAUUGAAUACCAUCAAAAAUAACGCAUAUAAUAUAAAAGUUUUGUAUUUAUUUUUUUAAACAUUUUUAUUGUUAAAUUGUUAUUCAUAUUUAAAUAUCAUUAAGUAAUUCAUGAUGUUUUUGAAUUUAAACAAAAUAUAUAAUUUUAACAUUUUUAUAAAUAGGGUUUAAUAGACUCCCAUGAAACUAUGAACAUCAAAAAAAGGCACGUGCCUGCUUAAGGUUUAAUGGAACUUACGUACCCGAUCAACAGUUUCUUAGUAUUCACUGUUUAAAUUUCUAGAAAAUUGUUAUGAAAACUAUCAAUUUUAAAUAGGAUAACAUGUUAUGCCCUAAUGAAUCACGAUCAACGCGGUAAUUCUUCAUCUUCUAUUGAAUAUUAAUUGUUUUUUAUAUCUGUUUUCUGUACAAUAAACCCUCUAUAACUAAGAAACUAUUAAUCAGAUAUGAAUGCCUGAUACAUUCAAAUUUUUAGAAUAUCUUUUACAAAAUGGAGAUUUUAAAAAGUUUAAAGUGAUAAAAAAAAAAAAAUGUUUUUUUUUCUUAAUAAUUAAAGGAUGAAUAUAAAAAUUAAAUUUUUCUCUACAUAUGUGCCCCCCUCUCACAAAAUCCGAAUGGAAAAAAAUACUUAUUGACUGAGUUAUUAGCAUAAGAAUAACACUGUAUAAAUAUGCAAAUAACAAAGUACAAUAUUAAAGUCCAAAGAAAGACAGGUGUUUAAAGUAACUAAAUUUGUGAAUGCCUACAUAAUAUUUGUUAAUUAGGUUAAUAAAAUCAGAAAAAGAAAGUAUCCAACUAUGCACAAUAGUAUUCCAAUUGUUUUUAUUUCUACUGUCAUUGAGAUUUUUGUUAAAUUUGUUUUAAAUAUUAGUAAAUAGUAAUAUUAGUCAAUUUUAAGUGUGAUAAAUACAGGUAAUGUUAUUUUGAAUAAUAUUAUGUAAGAUUAACCAAGUGUAGACAUUAACAGUAACUUAGAGGAAUUCGAUUAAGUUAACAUUAUUCUCAUUACGUUACAUUAUUAUAGCCAAUUGUUGAGACCUAUUGAUUUUUGUGUGAAAAUCUAUAAGACUAAUAGUUGAAAAAAAUCUACAAAG